AAAAAAGGAAAUGCUCCGUACUCUGCGAAAUUACUGAAUCGGUGUUUGUUUCUUCUACCUGUGAGUUUGCAACCAAGGCAGCCAACCAAUUUAACGGUUAAGCGAGCUAUACAACUCUGUCUCCUUUUCCCUCACUUUCUCCCUGUGAGUUUUCAGCGCAAUGCAGCAUCAACUAAUUCCAUCAUCCCUAGUGAACUCACCACCAGCUACGCUCUUAAUCCGCCACCUUCCUGAAGCUAUUCCGUUCGAUACCCUUUCUCGCCUCUUAUCCCAUUACGGCGCCGUUUCUGUUCGCCCUUGUACUGCCGGAAGAUUAAAGAACUGUGCUUUUGUGGAUUUCAAGGAUGAAAUUGCCGCCUCACAGGCACAACGCCAACUAAAUGGGUUGCGAUUUCUUGGCAAAGUCUUGUCUGUGGAGAAAUCAAGUAUGCCCUCAGAGGACAACAAGCAUGUUGGAGGCGAAUUCGAAAAGAAUACACAGAAACCCGUGAAUAUGGAUAAUUUACAGAGUAGAGAUGCUCAACAAGUGCCAAACUCAGCCAGCCAGCUUGCUGCUGAAUCUAUUUCUGAAAAGCUUGGAGUCAAUUAUCCAUUUCCUCCUCAUUUGGAGUAUGCUUAUCCUCCACCAGACGGAAAUAUACUGACUAAUAUUCUUAAUGCUCUGAUUGCUGUUCCUCGCUUUUAUACCCAGGUGUUGCACUUGAUGAACAAAAUGAACAUUCCAGCUCCAUUCCGUAUGGCACUUCCCACUCCCCCUUUACCUUCUACACCAGCCCCACCUCCACCACCAUUGCCCUUAGCAACUGAAAAACCUCAUAUUGGGAAUCUUUCUAGUGAUGAGUCAGAAAUGGAAACUUCGGAUGAGGAAGUUGAUAAUGAAGCAGAAGCUCCAAAAAAACGGAUCAAGCGUGAAGUUAUUGUUGGACCAGGCGUAGAUAAAGACGUGUCUCAUGAGGCUGUUGGACUUAAAACUGCCACUUUGGUUCCUAAGGAAAUUCCAAUAAUAAAGAAGAAUAACCCUGUAUUACAGAUCAGAAUAGUCCCCAAAAAGGUCCAGCAUGAGGUUCUUGAUGACAACACAGUGAAAGAUCCUGAAAAGCUGGGGCCUACAGAUGUGCCAUAUGCAACCACUGACCAAAUAAAAAGUCAGAAAUUACCCCCUGAGGAGAUACUAUCACUCCCAAUGUUCAAGAAUUAUGCAGCUGGGAAUCCUACCUCAGUGCUGUACAUAAAGAACUUGGCAAAGGAUGUGGUUCUGGAUGAUUUUCAUUUCAUUUUUGGGUCAUUGUUUGGAAGCGUUGAUGCUGCUAAGUCUAGUCUUAGUGUGAAAUUAAUGCAGGAAGGAAGAAUGAGGGGCCAAGCAUUUGUGACGUUUCCAUCAGUUGAAUUAGCUCACCAUGCUCUGAAUCUAGUAAAUGGCUAUGUAUUCAAAGGCAAGCCGAUGAUCAUCCAGUUUGGUCGAAAUCCGGCAGCAAGCAAAACAAGUUGAAUGGUAUUGCUGCUCAGAACUGAAAGCUCUAUAUGGGAUUUCCGGCGACAUUGCACUACUGUUAACAUAAACGUUUCAACACUGGCCAUGGGACUGGAACUUGAUGAAGUCUUGCCAUGAGAGAAACGUUUCAACCGCUCAAGGAGAAACCGGGAUGAACCCGAUUACAUUGACACCGAUUACAUAUUUCAAGACGCAAGUUAUUUUAGAUAUUUACUCAUCCAAGAACAAUUCUCUCUGUUGGUAACACCAUAAUAUCAUCAGCUUUGGUGUUCAGGGAAAAACAUGUACAUGUAUAGACGUAUAGUUUGAUGCUUUUAUUAAAAAAAGAAAACCCACAAAGUUUAGUUUAGUAUUAGAUGUUUUCCCUCUGGUGUAAGCAGAUAUGACCCCUUAUCUAUUUCAACGUGAUUUGGACUU